AUGACUCUCAUCAAGAAGACUGAAGAGCCUCAAGGCCCUCAGGAAAACCGCCCUCCUACAUCUGUCACAGAUACUCACAAACCUCUUCCUUUCGCCGACCCCCAGUACGGGCAGGCCCUGAAGCGAUGGGAGGCUGAACGCAAGGCCAAAGAGGCAGGAGACGUCAAUGAGGAACAACAGCUCAAGGCUGAAAUUAUCGAGGACCUCACUGCGGCGGAGAUCAAAGCUGCCAAAGCGGAGAGAAGAGUCGCGGAAGCACAAGGCGCGUCAGAACAAGUCGCAGCCCUUGAUGCAAAGAUCCUCUACCUGCGCAAACUUGCUGAGGAGCUGCUGCUGCCAGUGGAAUCGCAGGACGCUGAGGCCGGCAAAAAGGACAAGGAGUAA